CUGCUGGCAGUCCUUUUUUUUUUUCCUUCUCCUCCCACACAGCCAAACCAAUAUAAACAUUUCUGUACACUGAGCACACUGCCGGCCAUAUCCGCCCUCCUCAGGUCGCCUGAACGGGGACGCGGUCGGGAUCGAGCCAUGGCGCAAACUUCAACUUUCCCGGACAUCGUGGAGCUGAACGUGGGGGGCCAGGUGUAUGUCACCCGGCUGGAAACUCUCACCGCGGUGCCCAACUCCCUCCUCUGGGCCAAGUUCGGCCAGGGCUCCCCGGAGGAGCUGCCCAAAGACAGCAAGGGCCGCUUCUUCUUCGACCGGGACGGCUUUCUGUUCCGGUACAUCCUGGACUAUCUGCGGGACUCGGAGCUCUUCCUGCCCGAGUUCUUCAAGGAGAGGCGGCGGCUGCAGAAGGAGGCGGACUUCUUCCAGCUGCCGGAGCUGUCCAAGCGCCUCGCCGCCGCCAGCAAGGACAGCUCGUACGCCGAGGACAGCGGAGACCCGGAGGAGGCAGAGCUCAGCAGCCCGGUCACCUCCUCCUCGGACCGGACGCUGCGCUCCCCGGGGGCCGACUCCGGCUUCAUCACGGUGGGCUACAGGGGCUCCUACACCAUCGGGAGGGACAUCCAGGCGGACGCCAAGUUCCGCAGGGUGGCCAGGAUCACCGUGUGCAGCAAGAUCUCUCUGGCCAAGGAGGUUUUCGGGGAGACCCUGAACGAGAGCCGCGACCCGGACAGGCCGCCCGACAAGUACACGUCCCGGUACUACCUCAAGUACAACUUCCUGGAGCAGGCGUUCGACCGGCUGUCCGAGGCGGGCUUCCACAUGGUGGCCUGCAACUCCACCGGGACCUGCUCGUACGGCAGCAGCGACCCGGGGGAGGACAAACUGUGGACCAGCUACACCGAGUACGUCUUCUGCCGGUGAACGGAGCUUCAGUCAGCAUCUUUUUGGGAGAUCUGCGGGUUUUACUUGGUCUUCUUCAGUUUCUGACACUUCCAUCGGCCUGUCGGACCAGGCUGUGGUUUGGGUCACUUCUCUGCUUCACUCAUUGGUUUGUGGGAAAUAUACUGACUUUUUUUUUGUCAAAUUGUUUUUUUUUUUCUGUGGCCCACUGAGAAAGUUAACCUUUAUGGCUUUCACAAAGACUGCUCUGUUGUUCUGAAUUUCAGUGGUUCCUCCUGGAGGUUAAAAUGUUGGACCUUCUUUUGAUCUCUUGUGCUUGAAUUGUCAUGUUCUUUUAGCUUUUACCCUCAAUUCCACUUUUUCUCUUCUUACAGCUCCCAAAUCGUAAACUCUGAGCUUUCAGAUGUUGUUAUUCUUUAAUUAAUCUAACUUUUCUUCGAUCUGGUUUGGAUCCACCCUGUUUUAACGAGCACGCAUUAGGGAAGUCGUUACUGUCAUGUUUGAGCGGCUGUAAAUCUUCCCUCUUUAGAUAUUAUUACUGCAAAUUAAAGUGUGACAUUGUAUCAUUACCUAAUAUGUUUGUCAUGUUGAGUUCACAGUGGAAACUUCUGCUUUAUGUGAUUUAUCUAAUGCAAGCAAUCUUAUUUCAUAUUCAGUUAUUAUCACAAAUGUGUUGCUUUUUCUCUCCAGUCUUGGUUAUUUCCAUGUAAAUUUAUAAAUAGAAAUAAAACAUUUGAGAUGGUUUCUA